CAGGUCAGAGUAGACUACACAAAGAUGCCUGAUUACGGAUUAUGCUGACUCGACUGGACUGUAAGAUUUCCUUGAAAGUUUAGAUAUGUUUGUACGAUCAGGAGAUACUGCUGUUGACUUGGAUGGUUACAGAAUCAUUGUGCCCUGCAUAUCAGUGGGGAAUGUGGCUCAGUUGGCAGUGGACCUGCUUAUAAAUACUCUGAAGCUCCCACGAGUCGGUUACCUAGAUGAUGACUCCUUGCUCCCAUUGGUUGGAAACGAUGCAUUUGACCACACAGGAUUGUCUGGAUACAUGCAUACUGCAGGAGAAGUGUAUGCAAAUUUUGAGUGCAAGACGGCAGUAGUCCAACUGCGUACUCCCAUUGCUAAGGGAAGGAAGCUCUCAUUUUGUAAUAACCUCAUAUCGUGGAUUAAGAGUGCCAACUUCACGGAGGUCAUUCUACUGACAAGUUCCUAUUCUCAUGAAAGAAAAGAUGUUCAGAUUAGAGGUGAACCAUAUCGUUUCCUGCUCACCCCUGAAGCCCGAGAUCUCUACACUCCUCUUACAAUGGACCAGGGUUGGAACUUGCUAGAACCUCGGAAUGAGGAUGAAGGAAGUGCAAGCAGUGUGGGCCAGGAUGGUGUGCUUUCAGAAAGUCAGCUGUUUUUACCUGGGUCUGGACUGGCUAAAAUACUCUACUCACAAUGCUGCUCAGAACAUGUUCGACUUAUGAUGUUCGUAGCAUUUUGCUCCCAGGGAGAUAAUAUUCAUGAUGCUAUUGCUGUAGCAGCCAAAAUUAAUUCAUGGCUAAAGCUUCUGCCAAAAGAGAAUGACCGAUUGUGGUGUGUCCCAUCCUCGUGGAGUCUUAUGUAUGGAGGACCUUCACCAAACACUUUAUUCUAAACAACAAUGAUUAUGCGUGCAGUUCUAUGUUAUAAUUGCUCUUUUGUGACCACUUAAUUUUCUUGUGAAAUAGUGAUUAUGCCAAUGAAA